AUGGAUAGAAUGUCUUCUAGCAUGACAUCCAGCAUGACUGGCAUGGGACUAGGCGGAAUCACUGGUUUGACAACCGGAAUGAGUACUCUGACUUGCAUGAGGGAACAACAAGUAACAAUUGGAGGAAUGCCUUCUAACUACGUUCCUGGAUUGUCCGCGAAUUAUAAUAUUUCAAGCUUUUGUCAACGCCCAGGGCAAAGUCGUCGCUGGCCAACUGCUAGAGCUGGACCGACCGCUCAAUAUAGACCUGGUCGCUCACAUAGCACUGGUGCCUUACAUCGUCUCAAGCAUUCGUCGAGGAAUAGUCCUAAUAAUCAAUAUACUCAUAACCUCAUCUGUAAGUUGGCAGAUCAAAACGAACGACGACGUCGCCAAGAUACCAUGGAAUUGAUACCACAAAGUUAUUACUCACAGCAACCACUAAAAGUUGAACUAACAGAAUUUUAUUCUCGUGAUAACGCAAAAGAACACCAUACUGAACAAUAUGAACUUGUUAAUGAUAACAUACUUCCUAAUCCUGUAUUGAGAAGAGGACAAAAUUUCUUCUUUGCUGUUAGAUUCGAUAGGACUCAUGAUAAACAACAAGAUGUAAUUCGUGUUGUUUUCUGUUUUGGUCCCAAACCUAGUGUCACUAAAGGUACACGAGUUGUCUUGCCCGUCAAUUGGAACACGCAGCAAACUGCAUUCCAACAUGCCCGUGAUGUUAUCGGUAUGGGUAUGGGAAUGUCUCGAAUGCAAGAGACCAGCACAAGCAUGGCUCCGAUGACAACAAUAAGUACUAUAAGUCCUAUAUGCGGCAUAAGAGAAACAACAACAUAUGGGGUCCGACGUAGCUCUUUUAGUAAUGAUCCUUUACCUCAACAACAUAGUCCACUAAGUCCACAUGGAACCUCAGUGGAAAGACCAGUAAUUGAGCGUUACUGUGCAACUAGCCAGCAUUCUUCAUUUGGACGUAACCAUGGAUCCCGUCCUGGGUCGAUGCAAAACUUAGCAUCAAUAGCACAUGAGAUGGAUAAGUGGGACAUAAGUGUUCAACGCCAGGACGGAGACACUAUAACAUUUCAAGUCCACAUACCAGCAACUGCUCCGGUCGGUGUUUGGAAUUGUUGGGUUCAGACACAUCGCGUCGGUCAACGGGAUAAUCGACAUGAUUUUAAGUGUGAUGAAGAUAUUUAUGUCUUAUUCAAUCCGUGGUGUCGCGAGGAUGCAGUACAUAUGGACAACGAAUCAUCUAGAAAAGAAUACAUUCUUAAUGAACAAGGCAAGCUAUGGUGUGGGACGUGGCGUCAACCGAAAGGACGUAAAUGGAUUUUCGGCCAAUUUGAUGAUGUAGUUUUACCGGCUUGUAUGUAUUUGUUAGAACGAAGUGGUCUUGAGCAUUCCGAACGAGGUAAUCCAGUUCGUGUUGCAAGAGCUAUAUCUGCAAUGAUAAAUGCAAAUGAUGAUGAUGAUGGUUUAAUGGUUGGCCGAUACGAUGGUGAAUAUAAAGACGGAGUUUCACCACACGCUUGGACUGGUUCUGUAGCCAUACUUGAACGUUAUCUGACAGAUGGUGGACGGCCUGUUGAGUACGGCCAAUGCUGGGUAUAUUCAGGAUUAGUUGUUACUAUUUGCAGAGCUUUAGGUAUUCCUUGUCGUUCAGUUACGAACUACGUAUCAGCACUCGAUACUAACCGUUCCUUUACUGUGGACAAAUUCUUUGAUCGAGAUGGCAAUGAAGUACCAAAUGGACCGGAUGAAGACUGCUACGACUCUUGCUGGAACUUUCAUGCAUGGAAUGAUGUUUGGAUGCAAAGGCCAGAUUUACCGGAAGGAUAUGGUGGAUGGCAAAUCAUUGAUGCUACGCCUCAGGAAGAAGCGGAGUCUGUAUAUCAAUGUGGUCCAGCUAGUGUUGAGGCAGUGCGUCGUGGUGAAGUUGGAUUUCAAUAUGAUACUCUCUUUGUUUAUUCACAGCUUAAUUCAGAGUUAUGCCUGUUUCAAGAAGAAGAAAAUUCUGAAUGGGGCUUUAUUAGAAUGGCAUCAAAUCAAUAUCAAGUCGGCAGAAAAAUUCUUACUAAGAGCCCGAACCGUGACGAUGAUGAGGGCGAUAGCGAUAUGUUAGAAAUUACACAUGAAUACAAAGCUGAGGAGAACUCGACCCCAGACCGUCUUGCUGUUAUCGCCACUUGCCGCGGUUUUCAACGUCUGCAGCAAUAUUAUGAAUUUCCUGAUCGUAAUAGUGAAGACGUCGUAUUUGAUCUCAUGGACAUCGAAACUGUACCAUACGGCCAGCCAUUUGAUUGCACGAUGAAUAUUCAAAAUAAAUCCCACGAAGACCGUACCAUCUGGUGUGUAUUAACAGCGUCUUCAUGCUAUUAUACUGGUGCAGUCGCAUCAAGAGUGCGUAGAUCUCAAGGAGAGUUCAUCGUCAGGGCAGGUCAGCGUGAAGUACUAAAGUUGCACGUCACACCACAAGAAUAUAUGGAUAAAUUAGUCGACCAUGCUAUGAUUAAGGUGCACGCUAUGGCGUAUGUUAAACAAACACGUCAAGGAUGGUCUGACGAGGACGAUUUCCCAUUAAAUAAACCAAGAUUACAGAUUCAGGCAAGGAGCCAGCCGACCGUAGGACAAGAAUGCGCGGCGACAUAUAGCUUCCAAAAUCCUUUAAAUGUGCAUUUGACCGAUUGCUAUUUCACUGUUGAGAGUCCUGGUGUACAAAGACCGCGACAGAUCCGCUUCCGCGACGUGAAGCCAGGUGAACUAGUGAACUACCAGGACAAAAUCGUUCCUCGUCGCCAAGGCGAGCGUCGCUUGGUCGUGACCUUCUCGUCCAGACAGAUUGACGAGAUCUUCGGCUGCACGGCGGUGAAUGUGCGCAAC